AUGAAACGCAAAUUGGACGCCAACGAUGUUCCUUCUCCCGGUCCGGUCGAGACCGAGGAGAAGGAGUUUGACUUUGAGGCUCUGAACCUUGAUCCGCGUCUGCGCCAGGCUCUUAUCAAAGAAAACUUCAGCAAGCCGACACUCGUCCAGGCGAAGGCUAUUCCGCUGGCACUGGAGGGCAAGGAUAUCUUGGCACGCGCCAAAACCGGAUCUGGCAAGACUGCCGCAUAUGUCCUACCUGUUCUGCAAGCAAUCCUCCAACGCAAGGCUGCCGACCCUUCGUUCAAAGCCACCACUGGUCUGAUCCUAGUUCCCACUCGUGAGCUUGCGGAGCAAGUUCAAAAAGUUGUCACAUCGUUCGCCGCCUUCUGUGGGAAGGAUAUUCGAUCGGUCAACUUGACGCAAAAAGUUUCCGAUGCCGUUCAGCAGACCAUGCUGGCCGAUUUCCCUGAUCUGAUCGUCUCGACACCCACGCGCGUCUUGACGAACGUGAACAAUUCCGCCCUGUCGCUCGAAAAGCUUACCCAUCUUGUGAUCGACGAGGCCGACUUGGUACUUUCAUAUGGAUACGAUGAGGACAUCAACGCUCUCUCAAAGGCCAUCCCUCGUGGUGUGCAGACCUUCUUAAUGAGUGCCACCCUGACCUCCGAGGUGGACACGCUCAAAAGCUUGUUCUGUCGUAGCCCUGUCAUUUUGAAGCUAGAAGAUAAGGAAGACAAGGGUGCCGAGAUCAGCCAAUUUGUUGUUCGGUGUGCUGAAGACGAAAAGUUCCUCCUUACAUACGUUAUUUUCAAGCUACAGUUGGUCAAGGGCAAGGUCAUCAUCUUCGUGUGCGAUGUGGACCGUUGUUACCGUGUGAAACUCUUUCUGGAGCAGUUUGGUAUCAAGAGCUGUGUGUUGAACUCAGAGCUUCCCAUCAAUUCGCGACUACAUGUUGUUGAGGAGUUCAACAAGGGAGUGUACGAUAUUAUCAUCGCCGCCGACGACCAGGAGGUGAUGGGCGUACCAAAGCCGUCCAAGAAGGCGAAGGAGACCGAAGAGGAUGCCGAGAAAAAGGAAGAGGUCGGAAGCAGUGAGGACGAAGAGGAUGUGGAGGGGCCCAGCGACAAGCAGAAAAGCAAGAAGCGCAAGAUGUCAAGCAAAGAGAAAGACUACGGCAUCUCUCGUGGCAUCGACUUCCAGAAUGUCGCCUGCGUUCUCAACUUUGAUCUUCCGACAACCUCCAAAUCCUACACCCAUCGCAUUGGCCGGACUGGCCGAGCGGGCAAAGCCGGUAUGGCGCUGUCUUUCGUCGUUCCCGCCGAUCAAUAUGGCAAGCACAAGCCCACGUCAACGUCUACCGCCAAACACGACGAAGCCGUCGUAGCAAAGAUCAUCAAGCGCCAAGCCAAGCUCGGGAAUGAAGUCAAGCCAUACCACUUUGAGAUGGCGCAGGUCGACGCUUUCCGUUACCGAAUGACCGACGCACUCCGGGCAGUCACCCGAUUGGCUGUGCAGGAAGCUCGAGCCCGCGAGAUUCGGCAAGAGCUGAUCAAGAGUGAGAAGCUCAAGCGGCAUUUCGAGGAAAACCCGGACGAGCUGCGACAGUUGCGUCACGAUGGCGAGUUGCGUGCUGCCCGAGUGCAGCCACAUCUGAAACAUGUGCCGGAGUAUUUGAUGCCGGCCAAGGGUCGGAAGGGUAUCAGCAAGGAAGAUGUGGGCUAUGUUGGUUUCACAAAGACAAAGGAGAAUCGCAUUCGCAAGGCUCGUGAUCGCAAUCGUGCUCGGUCCAAGGGUAAGAAGACCGGCAAGGUUGAUCCCUUGAAAACAUUCAACCGGGGCCGCAAGUGA